AUGCAGAUUUUCACCACCCUCUUCACUCUCAUCACCGCCGCCGCCGUGGCCGUCUCCGCUGCGAACGUGAACGUCGAGCGUGAUAGUUCUGAGACUCUCGAGCGUCGCAUCACCGACCCCGGCAAUCCCGCCAACCUCAUCAACUGCCCGCCUCACGGCGGCGCCGACCACUGCAACCUCGAGAAGCCUUGCAACCGCAUCAGGGUGAACUACGGAAAACCCGAGGGCGGACACUACAUCUGGUACAACUACGAGAUCAACAACAUCCCGGUCGGUAUCGAGGUCGGAGUCGAGAACUCCUGCACGGACUAUUAG